GAUGACAGUAGUCCUUCAUUUGGGUGUACCAAAACCACGUGUUACUGAACUAAAACAAAAAUAUUAACAAAAUAUUCCCGAAAAGUCACUACUACACAUGCAAUCAGGCGCAAAACCGAUUCUUCCCGUUCGUAUCAGCGAAUAUCUCAGUCUAUCGCGAAUAGCUCACCGAAGCGCACACGCGUGCUACUUCGCGCCUAAAAUUGUCUCUCCGAAACUCAACCGCCCGUGCGUCAUGUCGCCGAAAAUACUCAUCGUCGGCACCGGUGCGGCCGGCAUCGCCGCCGCCACUCGGCUGUACGAGGCCGGCUUUCGGAAUCUGAUCCUGUUGGAAGCCGAGCACCGAAUCGGUGGCCGAAUUCAUACCGUCCCGAUGGGGGCAAACGUGAUGGACUUUGGGGCGCAGUGGGUGCACUCCGAUACGGAUAACGCCGUGUACGAUAUGGCGGCCAAGUUCAACCUGGUGGAGACUGAAACGCACCGUGAGAACGAACUCUGCGUCAAAUCUAAUGGAGAAGAGGUUCCGGUAGACAAGUCGAACCACGUUCUGGAUGUUCUGAACAGUUGUCAUGAGGAAGAGGAAAAGUUGAGCAAAUACUCCAAAUCGUUGGGAGACUUCUACGAUGAGUUCUUCCAGGAAGCUCUUCGACAAGGCAAAUUUGGCGACCUAGACGACACAACCUGUCGCCAACUGUACGAGUUCUUCCAAAAGUACCACACCACCUACAACGCAGUCGAUACUCUGUACGAGGUUUCUGCGCCCGGACUGCUCGAGUUCACCGAUCAUCAAGACGAGUAUCUUAUCAACUGGAAGGGUCGCGGCUUCAAAACAAUUUUGGACAUUAUGAUGAAGCGGUUACCCGAGCAGAAGACGGCUCCAAUCCCGCUGGAGGACUUCAUCCAGUUCAACAAGCGAGUUACCAACAUCAGCUACCCAAGCGAUGCGGACUAUCCGGUUCGAGUGACCUGUUCCGAUGAUAGCUGUUACGUGGUGGACCAUGUCAUCAUCACCGUUUCUCUCGGAGUUCUGAAAGAAAACAUUCACUCACUGUUCACUCCGAAGCUCCCGCUGAUCAAGACGAAUGCCAUCGAGGGACUCUACAUUGGUACCAUCGACAAGAUGAUCCUGGAGUUCGAGAAACCCUUCUGGCCGGCCAACUGGAACGGAUUUGGAAUGCUCUGGAAUAGCGAAGAUCUCGCCGAACUGCGCAACUCCAACCAAAACUGGUUGGAAAGUGUUUGCGGCUUCUUCGUCCCAGCAUACCAGCCGAACCUGCUGGUCGGCUGGAUCUACGGAAAGGACGCUCGAACGAUGGAGCUGCUUCCGGAACGGGAAGUCCAGGACGCCCUCGUACACCUCCUACGAAAGUUCCUCGUAAAGUUCACCAUCCCCCAGCCAAAGUCCUUCACGCGAACCACCUGGUACUCGAACCGCAACUUCCGGGGUUCGUACACGAGCCGCUCCGUUCAGUCGGACCUGAUGGACGCCAAGGCGGCCGAUUUGGCACUGCCACUGGUGAACUCGCUGGGCAAGCCGGUGGUACUGUUUGCCGGGGAGGCUACCCAUCCGGAGUACUUUUCUACGGUGCAGGGAGCGGUCGGAAGUGGAUGGCGCGAGGCGGAUCGGCUCAUUGGGUUGUACAGGGAUAAGGAGGUGAUGAUUCGGUACAGCAAGUUGUAGAAUAAUUCAUCAAGAUAUAUAAAAUCAAGUCUUGAAAAUG